AAAAUUCAAAUCUCUGGCUCUCUCUCUCGGAGACACGCCAAACACUCUUUUUCUCGUGUGAAUUUUUCUGCCAUAGCCAACAUGAUUGCUACUCUCAAAGCCGAAGAAUCAAACCAGCUACAGCUCAUUGAACGAGGAGACAUCGAUGACGAAGACGACUUUUUUGAAGCCAUUGACAAAUUGAUCUCGCAAGGAAUCAAUGCUGGAGACGUGAAGAAGCUUCAAGAUGCAGGGAUAUAUACCUGUAAUGGCUUGAUGAUGCACACAAAGAAGCACUUGACGGGUAUAAAAGGGUUAUCAGAAGCUAAAGUGGACAAGAUCUGUGAAGCUGCAGAGAAGAUAGUGAGUUCCGGUUAUAUCACUGGGAGUGAUGCUCUGCUCAAAAGAAAGUCUGUCGUUCGCAUCACUACUGGGAGUCAGGCUCUUGACGAACUCCUAGGCGGUGGGAUUGAAACUCUUUGUAUAACUGAAGCUUUUGGCGAGUUUCGGUCUGGGAAAACGCAGCUCGCGCAUACUUUAUGUGUUUCGACACAGCUUCCUAUAAACAUGCGUGGCGGGAACGGAAAAGUUGCUUAUAUUGAUACUGAAGGAACUUUUCGGCCUGAUCGAAUUGUGCCAAUAGCAGAAAGAUUUGGUAUGGAUCCAGUGGCUGUUCUUGAUAAUAUCAUUUAUGCUCGUGCUUACACUUACGAGCAUCAAUAUAACCUGCUUCUUGGACUGGCGGCAAAAAUGUCUGAAGAGCCCUUCAGACUUCUGAUUGUAGAUUCAGUGAUUGCUUUGUUUAGAGUGGACUUCACUGGAAGAGGAGAACUUGCAGAGCGCCAGCAAAAAUUGGCACAAAUGCUUUCCCGAUUGACUAAGAUAGCUGAGGAAUUUAAUGUUGCUGUCUACAUGACCAACCAGGUCAUAGCAGACCCAGGUGGUGGGGUGUUUAUAUCAGACCCAAAGAAACCAGCAGGAGGCCAUGUGCUUGCCCACGCAGCGACUGUGAGGUUGAUGUUCAGGAAAGGCAAAGGUGAGCAGCGUGUCUGCAAGGUGUUCGAUGCUCCAAACCUACCUGAGGCUGAAGCAAUAUCCUUACCCUCAUCAUGCUAAUUUGGAUUUUCUGGCUCUCUAGCUUCAUCUUUAAUCAUUCACAAACUCAACCUAACCAGGAAUUUAAUCAUUACAGAAAUUAUGGCACUAACCUUAGAUGUUUGAACACCACCAUCCAAGUUCUCCAUGCAGACAUGAUUUUCAGAGCAAAGACUAGAAUUGAAUCCCCAAUUUUUCCAGUUGAUUUUUUUUCUCUUAACAUGAGCACGUAUUUCAGAUAACACCAGGAGGCAUUGCAGAUGUGAAAGACUAGCCAGAAGCAAAGGUUCAGGGGCCUGAGUCUCAAGAUCAGAAAAUGGUAGUGGACUAUCUUG